GGCGAAAGGCGGGAGAAGAAGAGGAGCUGCGAGCCGCUUGUGGCUGUUAGGCCUUUCAAUCACGUUAAUGGCUGUCAGUCUCCAAUUUGAUCAAACCGCGGUUGGCGCUUGUUACUGUCACUGAAAAAGAGGGCAGAUCUAAGGCGAAGUCUGGUGGUUGUGUUGGUAAAUGACGUCCUGAGUGUGGUUUGAACUUUCAGGCUUUUAUCAGAUGGUACAGAAGAUGUCUCCUAAUGCACGCAAACUUAGAGAUCAGGACACCAAUCCAUGUAUAGAGGAAACUGAUGGUUCUAGAAAAUGUUUAGAUGCAAAUAACUACAAUAGAGACAUGUGUUCAGCUUAUUUCCUAAGAUACAAAAACUGCAGAAAGUUCUGGCACAACAUAAUGAUUCAGAGGAGACGUGAUGGAGUUAAACCUGACAUGCCUGCUGCUGAAGAGAGACAGAAAAUUUUAGAAGCCUUGGGGGGGAAACCAUAUUAAUUUCUGGGUUUAUUUUUUUUUUUUUAGUUUUCACAACUGGGUUCUGUGAUGACACCAAAUGCAUUCAUAGAGUGUGAGUCUAUCAAUUUUGCGUGCUACAUGUGGCAGUUUGACUCUGGAGAUAUAUAACAAACAAUUAUGAUGUACCCAUGUUAUUUUGCCAAUAAUGGCUCUAAAAAAUGGCAGUGUGCCCUUCACUGUACAUUUGCGAGACUUCUUCAGGAUUCUACAACUGACAAUAAAUAACUGAGGGCAAUUAAAAGACCUUAUUGAAAUAAAGACUUUUUUAAUAAA